UUUGAGACGAUUGAGUCGCAGACGAGCACUACCGGUGCGGUCGAUAUCAUCACCGAUACCACGAAUGAGAGGCCGAAACCGGAAGCGAGGAUCAAAGACAUUGCGAUCAAAAAUAAUAAUAAGAAUUGUAACCGGGUUAAGUGUUUGUGGCCGGGCUGUUCACUGGAAUUCCGCGACAAAUACAACCUAUCGGUACAUAUGGUGAGACAUACGGGCGAGAAGUCCUUCCACUGCCGGAGUGCCGGCUGUCAGAAGACAUACGCGACGAAAGCGGCGCUCGACGUCCACUACAACACCCACUCAGACAACCGGCGCUUCAAAUGUACAUUUAGUGAAUGCGACGCCGCCUUCAUUAGGAAGACGCAGCUCACUGUCCACGUGAGCGACAAACACACCGGACUUAAGCCAUUCCGUUGCAAUUGGCCCGGAUGUAAGUGUACCGCCUAUCAGCGC